AUUUUGCGACGUUGACUCUUCUCAACUAAUCAUAAGGACAUUGGCACUCUCUAUUUUAUCUUUGGUAUUUGAUCAGGGAUAGUAGGCACUGCUCUUAGACUUUUAAUUCGCGCCGAACUGGGGCAAUCAGGAAGUUUAAUCGGAGACGAUCAGAUUUAUAAUGUAAUUGUUACCGCCCACGCGUUCGUAAUAAUUUUUUUUAUAGUUAUGCCCAUCAUAAUUGGGGGGUUCGGGAACUGAUUAGUCCCCCUUAUACUAGGGGCCCCGGAUAUGGCCUUCCCUCGACUUAAUAAUUUAAGAUUCUGAUUUCUUCCUCCGGCACUUACACUACUUUUAGUUGGGGGGGCAGUAGAAAGUGGGGCUGGGACAGGGUGAACCGUGUACCCCCCACUCUCGGCUGGGAUUGCUCAUGCGGGGGCCUCUGUAGAUCUAAGAAUCUUCUCCCUCCAUUUGGCGGGUAUUUCUUCUAUUCUUGGGGCUGUCAACUUUAUUACUACUAUUAUCAAUAUACGAUCGGCUGGGAUAUCAUUAGACCGAAUUCCUUUAUUUGUGUGAGCAGUGGGCAUUACUGCGUUACUUCUACUAUUGAGCCUACCAGUCCUAGCAGGGGCAAUUACUAUGCUUCUUACUGAUCGUAACCUCAAUACCUCCUUUUUUGACCCUGCAGGAGGGGGAGAUCCGAUCUUAUACCAGCAUUUGUUUUGGUUCUUUGGUCAUCCUGAAGUAUACAUUUUAAUUUUACCCGGGUUUGGUAUAAUUUCUCAUAUUAUUAGCCACGAAAGAGGUAAAAAGGAAGCAUUCGGCACGCUUGGGAUAAUUUACGCUAUACUAGCUAUCGGGGUGUUAGGCUUCGUAGUAUGGGCCCACCAUAUAUUUACUGUGGGCAUGGAUGUUGACACACGAGCGUAUUUUACUGCAGCUACAAUGAUUAUUGCGGUUCCUACAGGAAUUAAGAUCUUCAGAUGACUUGGCACACUUCACGGAACCCAGCUUGUAUUUACCCCUUCUCUCUUGUGAGCGGCAGGGUUUGUGUUUCUGUUUACAGUAGGGGGGCUUACUGGGGUAGUUUUAGCCAACUCAAGAAUUGACAUUAUUCUUCAUGACACGUACUAUGUCGUAGCUCAUUUUCACUACGUUUUAUCUAUAGGGGCAGUAUUCGCUAUCUUUGCAGGAGUAGCCCAUUGAUUCCCUCUUUUUACCGGGUUAACCUUGCAAGCCCGUUGGUUAAAGAUUCACUUCUUUACAAUAUUCGUAGGAGUAAAUUUGACCUUUUUUCCGCAACAUUUCUUAGGAUUAGCAGGUAUACCCCGGCGUUACUCAGACUACCCUGAUGCCUAUAUGACUUGAAACGUUAUCUCAUCUGUAGGGUCCGUAAUCUCGUUUGUGGCUACCCUGGGGUUUAUUUUUAUUAUCUGGGAGUCUUUUGUAAGACUGCGACCGACUUUGUUCUCAACACACUUAUCAACUUCAAUCGAAUGACAGCAUUCUUUUCCCCCCGCUGAGCAUAGUUAUAACGAACUAGUAUUUAUUUCCCAAU